ACGAUUCAAAUAAUAACCCUUCCAAGUUCCAACUCCGAGGAGUUACCAAAUGGCCGCUUCUUCCUUCUGCUUGCAACGCUUCUUUCACGGCGGUGGCCUAGGCUCCAGAGGGACAACAAAUGAAGCGCUUUGCGCGCUCGUACGAAGACAAUCAUCGUUAUCUUCUCGUCACUAUUGCAGUAAGAGAGUGGCUGCUUGUGCUGCUGCCGCUGCUAAACACCGAAUUUAUCUCAGAAGCCCAGACCUGGUGGCCUCAGAAUAUGCAGAGCUCAAUCUCCCACACCAAGUUUCUGAGGAGUUGGGUCAUAUCAGGAUACGGCAACAUGUCAACCCUCUCAGUGCCUGUUUCUCGAUGCCUGUAGAAGUACCAGACUGGAACGAAGUAUUCAGGGACCCAACAUUGCCCCUCAUGGUUGAUAUUGGCAGCGGUAGUGGCCGAUUUCUCAUAUGGCUUGCAAAAAGACACCCUGAAGUAAGAAAUUAUUUGGGGCUAGAAAUACGGCAGAAACUGGUCAACCGUGCUGACUUCUGGGUAAAAGAGCUGGCUCUUGACAACGUGCAUUUCCUGUUUGCAAAUGCCAUGGUGUCUUUUAAUCAACUAGUGUCCACAUAUCCUGGACCCUUGGUGCUAGUCUCAAUUCUGUGCCCAGAUCCUCAUUUCAAGAAAAGGCAUCAUAAAAGAAGGGUUGUGCAGAAGCCCUUAGUAGAUUCUAUCAUACAUAAUUUAAUGCCUGGAGGACAGAUAUUCAUACAGUCUGAUGUGCUUGAAGUGGCACUUGACAUGAGAUAUCAAUUUGAUGCUGAAGGGGAUGUACUUCAUCACAUGGAUGCCUUGGACCAGAGCGUUUUGUGUGACCAAGAGGGAUGGUUAUUGAGCAGCCCAAUGGGAAUAAGGACAGAGAGAGAGAUUCAUGCUGAAUUUGAAGGUGCAAGAAUUUACAGAAGGAUGUACCAGAAGCGAAUAUAUAAUUAAUCAGUAAGCUAUUCAUAUUUGUAUCAUGAGUUAUCUUGGAAAUAGGACUGUGAAAUGAAUGAAGCGGUUGCUGAAUGGUUUAAGCUGUUCAUGUCUGGUGUUAAAUCAUGUAAGCGUUUUCAAUGAUUGUGAUUGCUUAGAGAAGCUGGAUGCACAUAGUUGAGACUU